AUGGCGGAUAAUACGGGUAAAAAUGAUGCGCCGACGGUGACGCAGACAAACGGGACAAGAGUGCCGAAGAAGAGAUUUGUAGGGCGGAAGACUGCAGAGGCGCAGGCGCAGAGGACAGGCGGGGAUGUCGAGCAAUCGCAUUCCACAGCUAUACAGACAGCAUCCACGAGACGAGGUCCGAGAGCACUAAACCAGAUUCCCGCUGAGAUCCUCGACGAUGAAGAUAUCAAAGCCGCGAUCUCCCUCCUACCACACAACUACUCCUUUGAAAUACCCAAGACGAUACACAGGAUACGGUCGUCAGGAGCUAAACGGGUAGCUCUCCAGUUCCCGGAGGGACUGCUGCUGUUCGCUACUACAAUAUCGGAUAUCUUGAACCAGUUCUGUCCUGGAAUUGAGACUGUUAUUAUGGGCGAUGUUACCUAUGGCGCAUGCUGCAUUGACGACUAUACCGCUCGAGCACUGGGUUGUGACUUGCUAGUACACUACGCGCAUUCAUGUCUUAUACCGGUGGACGUCACCAAGAUAAAAACACUAUAUAUCUUCGUUGACAUCGGCAUAGACACGCAGCAUCUUAUCGACACGCUCAAACGCAACUUUACCUCUGGCCAGCGCAUUGCGGUGGUAGGCACAAUACAGUUCAAUGCUACACUACAUGGAUUGAAGCCCGUGUUGGAAAAGGAAGGGUUCAACAUUACCGUGCCUCAGAUCAUGCCUCUGAGCAAAGGAGAGAUUCUAGGCUGUACGUCCCCUCGCAUGUCAAGCGAGGCAGUAGAUCUACUGCUGUACCUGGGCGACGGACGCUUCCAUCUUGAAUCAGCCAUGAUUCACAACCCAAGCAUACCAGCCUACAGAUACGACCCUUACUCCCGUACUCUAAGCAGAGAGCGGUACGACCAUGAAGAAAUGCAGGAUCUGCGGCGGAAGGCCAUAAACGUCGCCAAAUCAGCGAAGAGAUGGGGUAUUAUACUGGGUAGUUUGGGACGGCAGGGUAACCCGCAUACCAUGAAGAUGAUUGAGGAUCAUCUUAACGAGAAGGGUAUACCGUAUGUAAAUUUACUGCUUAGUGAGAUAUUUCCGGGCAAGUUGGCGAGUAUGUCGGACGUCGACUGCUGGGUGCAGAUUGCUUGUCCCAGGCUGAGUAUUGAUUGGGGGUAUGCAUUUCCGAAACCUCUGUUGACGCCGUAUGAGGCGCUGAUUGCAUUGGGGAUCAAGGAAGACUGGGAUAAGGCGAAUAAUGGUAUAUACCCGAUGGACUUUUAUGCAAAGGAGGGCCUGGGUAGGAUAAAACCUGGCACGACUGUCGCAUCGUUGGCAGGAUAG